CAAUUCCUGUCAGAGAGACACCGAAGAAGAGAAAAAAGACUUUCUUGUCUUCACGUGUGACGGACCUGGUUCUGCCUCAACCCUUCAGAUGCAGACGGAACUAUUGAUAAAUCAACAAUAUGGCAUCGAUCUUCAUUCCCCUUUAUAUCCUGGGUGUGGUCCUCCACAUAGUCAAAGCAGAUGAAAAAACAGGGCCCAACAAGGAUGAGCCCAUCCCCACUACCACCCUUACUGUCAUCCCCACUACCACCCUUACUACCACCCUUACUGCAACCCUUACUACCACCCUUACUGCCACUGCUGCUCAUACCCCCUCAGCCAAUCAGAACAGUCCUACAGUUACUACCCUGGUCCAGCCAGACAACCGUGACGCUAACCUUACCAACAACAUCACCGUCGGUAGAGAUGGCAACCAAUCCUUGUUGAACGACGUGACAACGUUUGCCAUGGAAACGAUGUCGUCGGAGGCGACCGCCAGCCAAUCUGAGGAAUCUGAGGAAGUGGAUGAGAAGGAUACCAUAACGACACUAUCACCGGCGCUGAUAGAAUCUACUGGAGGAGGCAGUGCCACAGCAGGCUAUGUAAUCCUGAUUCUCAUAUUGUUAGUCAUUGUGUGUCUGGUGGUGGUUCUCUAUAUCCUGAGGAAGAAGUCAAGGAAGUAUUCGUUUGACCUGCACCUUGCGGGAUACGACCACGACACCCCACUCACCUGCAUGGAACAAGCCGGAACCUUCGAACCCAAUGAGAAAGCUGGAGGUUUUGAGUACGUGAUAGAGGGUGGUGGUGAUGACCACCAGGCUAUGAGCCCUGUAGCCAAUGGCUCAGCUGGGGAGGCGGGGUCCACUGGAGAGAACGGUAAGGAUAGAUUUCUCUCCGUCUCUCUCUGUCUCUCUCUCUGUGUCUCUCUCUCUGUGUCUCUCUCUCUGUGUCUCUCUCUCUGUGUCUCUCUCUCUGUGUCUCUGUCUCUGUCUCUGUCUCUGUCUCUGUCUCUGUCUCUGUCUCUGUGUCUCUGUGUCUCUGUCUCUGUCUCUGUCUCUCUCUCUCUCUCUCUCUCUCUCUCUCUCUCUCUCUCUCUCUCUCUCUCUCUCUCUCUCUCUCUCUCUCUCUCUCUCUCUCUCUCUCUCUCUCUCUCUCUCUCUCUCUCUCUCUCUCUCUCUCUCUCUUCCUAAGAGGUCCUCUGGGGA